GACGAUUAGAACAUAACCACAGUGACACGUUGAAUUCGCCAAAUCAAGGAACCUUUUCCGGGUGGGGAUCUCUGAAAUUACUCAGUGAGCAACCCUAAUUACCCUGAUUUUUUGCUGAUAAUCACUCUCAAUGGAAUCAAAUCACAAAUCCAGGGAUGGAUUGAGCGGCACGCAGAAGGAAGCAGCCCUCCGCGCACUGGUCCAGCGCACAGGAUAUAGCUUGGUCCAGGAAAAUGGCCAGAGAAAAUACGGUGGCCCGCCACCUGGUUGGGAUGCUGCACCGCCGGAGAGAGGCUGUGAAAUUUUUAUUGGAAAACUUCCCCGGGACCUUUUUGAAGAUGAACUUAUACCAUUAUGUGAGAAAAUUGGUAAAAUUUAUGAAAUGAGAAUGAUGAUGGAUUUUAAUGGCAACAAUAGAGGAUAUGCAUUUGUAACUUUCUCAAAUAAACUGGAAGCCAAGAAUGCAAUCAAGCAACUUAAUAAUUAUGAAAUCAGAAAUGGGCGUCUCUUAGGGGUCUGUGCCAGCGUGGACAACUGCCGAUUGUUUGUCGGGGGAAUCCCAAAAACGAAGAAGAGAGAAGAAAUCUUAUCAGAGAUGAAAAAGGUCACCGAAGGAGUUGUGGAUGUCAUCGUCUACCCAAGUGCCGCGGAUAAAACCAAAAACAGGGGCUUUGCCUUUGUGGAGUAUGAGAGUCACCGCGCAGCCGCCAUGGCCAGGAGGAAACUGCUACCGGGAAGAAUUCAGUUAUGGGGACAUCCGAUUGCAGUAGACUGGGCAGAACCAGAAGUAGAAGUUGAUGAAGACACAAUGUCUUCGGUGAAAAUCUUAUAUGUAAGAAACCUUAUGCUGUCUACCUCUGAAGAGAUCAUUGAAAAGGAAUUCAACAAUAUUAAACCAGGUGCUGUGGAAAGAGUGAAGAAAAUUCGGGACUAUGCUUUUGUGCACUUCAGUAACAGAGAAGACGCAGUUGAGGCUAUGAAAGCUUUAAAUGGGAAGAUGCUGGAUGGUUCCCCCAUUGAAGUGACCCUGGCCAAACCAGUAGACAAGGACAGUUACAUUAGGUAUACCCGGGGCACAGGUGGAAGAGGAGCUAUGCUGCAAGGAGAAUAUACCUACUCUUUGGGCCACGUUUACGAUCCCACCGCAACCUACCUUGGAGCUCCUGUCUUCUAUGCCCCCCAAGCCUAUGCGGCGAUUCCUAGUCUUCAUUUUCCAGCCACUAAAGGACACCUGAGUAACAGAGCCAUUAUCAGAGCCCCUUCUGUUAGAGAAAUUUACAUGAAUGUACCUGUAGGGGCUGCGGGAGUGAGAGGACUGGGCGGCCGCGGCUACUUGGCAUACACAGGCCUGGGUCGUGGGUACCACCAGGUCAAAGGAGACAAGAGAGAAGACAAGCUCUAUGACCUUCUGCCUGGGAUGGAGCUCACUCCAAUGAAUCCUGUCACUUUAAAACCCCAAGGAAUUAAACUUGCUCCACAGAUAUUAGAAGAAGUUUGUCAGAAAAAUAACUGGGGACAGCCAGUGUAUCAACUACAUUCUGCCAUUGGACAAGACCAAAGACAAUUAUUCUUAUACAAAAUAACUAUUCCUGCUCUGGCCAGCCAGAAUCCUGCAAUCCAUCCUUUCACACCUCCCAAACUGAGUGCCUAUGUGGAUGAAGCAAAGACAUACGCAGCUGAGUACACCCUGCAGACUCUGGGUAUCCCCAUGGAUGGAGGAGACGCUGGGACUGUGGCCACUGCUGCCACUUCUGCUACUAUUUUUCCAGGAUAUGCUGUCCCCAGUGCAACCGCACCUGUCUCUGCAGCUCAGCUCAAGCAAGCGGUGACCCUUGGACAAGACUUAGCAGCAUACGCAGCCUAUGAGGUCUACCCCACUUUUGCAGUGACUGCCCGAGGGGAUGGAUAUGGACCCUUCUGAAGAUGCCUGUGUUUGAAUUUAGAGAUAAAAUACACAAAACUCUAUUACAGAAGAAAUGAACUGCUCAGUCCCCUGAUAACAUAAACCAUGCCUUCUCUAAAGCAGUGCCUUUCCUGAGACUGUAUAACUAAUAGCAUGUAGAGUCAUGAAAUAUGAAGUUUACUUCUCAAUGAAAUCAAAUGUUAAGGAGUCUCAUUUAACAGAAAGCAGAAGAGCCAUUGGCCCCAAAAGUUGUUCUUCCAAGGUUCCUGAGUGUCCUGGGAGUAUGUUUACAGUCCCUGACAAGCAAGGAGAGAGCUCUCAGCAGACAAGAACUGGAGCUCAGAAAACAUGCACCAGCAGUUACAAGAGAGGCAGUUAAACUCGAGUCUCAACUCUUGCUCACAGCUGCCAUAGGGACACAAAGUCAAGAAGAGGAAAAGCAAGGUGGGAAGACACUUUGCAAAAUUCCUUCACUGUGUGGGGCAUUAGCUCCUGCCUGAACUCAUGAAAUCUGUCCAAGAUUGAAUGCAUUCAGCAUCACUUCAGCCUGAAAGGUUACUCUAGCACUGAGUUACAUCUGCAGGCCUGUAUUCAUUACUUUGAUCUUCUUGCAGUAGCCAGACUACUAUCUAGCAUUCAAAGACAGUUAUAUUAAUUUGAGGUUAGUCUUGAAUUAUCUCAUCCACUUACAUGAAAUCUGCCGAGAAGUCCUUUACCUUCCCUUACUUUAAUUUUUAAUAAGUACAGGCAGUUUUAUUAUACCUAACCCAUUUGUCUGGAAAGUAUUACAGGAAAUUCUUACAUCCAUCACUGGUGAUUAGAAACCAUUCCUCUGUGCAAGGGUAUUAUUUGCCAAAGUCCCCUAAAGUCAAGGAACUCUUCCUUGGGAACAUCUCAUGGUGGUAGAAGAGAAGGAUGCCACAAUUUAAGAAUGGGGUUUAAAAGGAGGGACCAUCUGCCUGCCAUACUUGUAAGUGACUGCUUCACUCAAGACAAAAAUAACCAAAGUCCAAAACCAAAGUCUAUUGCUACCAUUCCAGACCCAGUGCCUUAAGACAUACAGCACCAGAAUUUCCAUUUUAAAAAAUUCAUUGGCCCUUUUGAAAUUCUUAGAAUUCAAUGGAAAAUGUAAACAUACAAGAGCAGAAAAUUUUGUCAACUCCUUACUAGAAUUCUGUGAUCCAAAAUCAAGCCAGAUUUCAGUCAGUCAGGUAAACUUCAAUCACAAUAAGUCCUUGUAAUCCUUCAGUUCUAUUAAAUCCAAUCAGAUCUACCAUCUUCAAAACUGAAAUUUGAAAAGGCUCUGUGCUUUCUGGUUCACAUUUAGCUCCUCUCAAGACCAUUGUUCCCAAACUUGGCUACACAUUUGAAACACCUAGACAGCUUAUAAAUACACUUACACCAAGACUACACCUAGGACCAGUUACAUCAGGUCUUAGAGUGAGAGUUUAUCAGUAUUUUUAAAAAAUUCCUCAGUGAUUUCAGUGUGCAUCUAUGUUUGGGAGCUGCUGUAGUCUUUAAAUUUCCUUUCUAUCUCUUUCUAUUUUCUUCUAAUUUUACUUUCAUUAAAUAGAAAAAUGCAAGGAAAGAAUAUCUAAAUUAAAACAAAUAAGUUAAAACCAAAGCCUACUGCUAUCCAGAUCAAUCAUAAGUAUUGUGAAUGUGUAUCAUAAGUAUUAUGAAUGUGAACAUAAUUCAUAUUGGUUUCAAACUCUUAAGCCCAACUUUAAAAAUGAGAAAAUAAAAAAAUUUCUCCUAAAGUAAUUCUUAUAUCCAAAUUUAUGCUCCCCACAGACCUAGUUUUAUUUUCAAGUGUCCUUUGAGGAAGGCAAAGUUGUAUAUAGUCUAAAGAGCAUUCCAAAUUCCAAGAAAGUUUUUUUUGGCCCUUUUUUGUUUUUGUUUUCUGAGACAGGGUCUUAUUAUGUCACCCAGGCUGGGCUCAGACUUACUGU